AGAAUAUUAUGUACACAAGAAAACAUUACGAUUCCAUUACAACCAAAAGUAGUGUUCAUAAUCUUAACACAAGAAAUAAAGAUAAACUUGCCGUUCCAAGCUUCAGACUUCAAAAAACCAGAGGAUCAUUUCUGGGUAAAUGUAUUGCUAUGUUCAAUAAAGUUCCACAAAAUGUAAUUGACCUACCCAUAAAUAAAUUUCAAAUUCAUGUAAAGAAUAUACUUAUGAGUAAAGGCUAUUAUAAAGUUGAUGAUUAUUUUAAGGAUCGCAAUUUGUAUUUACUAUUGUGAUAAUACAUAUUAUUUUGGUAAUGACAUGAUUUAUGUAAAUGUCAUUUCAU